UGACUCAGGAGGACGUGGAGAGGUACGCCCGCAGCUUCCUGAUGUUCUUAUUCGGGACGACCAUCUUCGCCGACCGGGCGAACACCGUGCCUCUCUGUCUUCUUAGCGCACUGGUGGACGUCUGGGACAUUCUGCACUACGAUUGGGGUGACGCCGCUCUGGCCACUCUCUACGGGUACAUGAGCUCGGCUUCGCGCGGCAGCGGCCGGCUCCUUGGUGGCUACUGGCGGGCUUGGGAGCUGUGGGUUUACGCCUACUUUCCUAGGCUCGCCCCCGUACCAGUCACAGAGACUCCUUUGAUCGUCCCCUUCUCACAGCGCUUUGACGGGAGAUGCACCUGGCGGCCACGAGAGACAUUCGGCUUCUUCCGCCGAUACUUUGACACCAUUACCCCGGCCGAGAUCACUUGGCGGCCGUGGGCUCCAUUGCCGACGGCGAUGCGGGAUCGGUUUGCUGGUGCUGAGGAGACCUCGCGUUUCCGGAUCCUACUGGAGGGCCCGGUCUGUCGGGCUUGGUACCUGGGGGAGCGUUUUCUACGCCAGACCCUAGGGUUAUCUGUGCAGAUAGUCCUGGUUCACCCUCCUGCGGACAUGAGGGAGACCGAGAGGCUCACCACCGAGCAGCUGGAUGAUUACACUAUCGGCUGGGAGGAGGACGGCUUCCGAGGCACCGGCGACUACGGGGAGUAUGUGUAGACAUACCUGAUGCGACCCCUGAGCGGCGGCCGUCGAGCAGAGGGGGCCAAGCCUGUGGCAUCGGCGGUUGGGGCCGGAGCGGGAGUUGGAGUAGGGGCUGCGAGGAGGGCCUGCGUCCAUGGCAGGGGCGGAGCUCAGGGAGGACGGGGGGCUGGUUGGCCCGCCCUGCCUGCUGUAUUGACUUUCCAGGGGCAGGGUGGGGCGACCUAUCAGAUGCCCUUCGCCCCUCCGCCAGCUGGUCACGAGUUCGUCGGUGUCCCCGACUUACCUCCGGUAUGUAUUACUGCACUUUGUACAAUCAUGUCAUUUCGAUUUAUUUGA